GCUUCACUCACUACUUUUGACAAGAGCAAUGAUGUUAAAAAAAUAUCUGGGCUUGAAAAUAUUUACGCUAAUGGAUUUAACGAUUUUGUCAAGAUCGUACAUAGAAUGGUAGAAGCCGAGAAUUUGAUGGCCAGUGCUUUCGAGGUGCAUGCUUCGAAUGACGUUAAGAGUCGUCUAUUAGAUGAGAAAAAACGUGCUAAGAAGUGGAAACAAGAUAGAGAACGAUUCAAUGGGGAAAUGAAGGCCCAAAUGAAAAUUUUUGACGAAGAACUAAGGAGAUAUCGAGAUAAAUACCGUGAAUUUAUCAGGGCUAACGAAGAAUUAGAAAGAGUGGAUGCUGAUAAGACUCAUUCACGUCUUGAUGUUGAAAAGGCCACCGCAUAUGCGCUUCAAAAAAAACGGGAUUUCAAUCGGGCAAAGAGUGACUAUGGCAUUGCGUUAGAACAAUUCAACAUUUAUCGCCGAACGCACUAUUCUCACACCUUGCCUAGUUGGGGAAUGGGUGGACAUAAAAUUGAUUCUGAUAAAAUUGAAUGCACUCGGGCACUUAUUGAUAUUCUUGUCGAACGUCUCCGCGUCACUAUUGAUAGACUCGUUACAGUUUGCGAUGAACUUCGGGGUGUAGCCGAUAUUUUUGAUGCUGAUUCUGUAAGCUUUUUUAUUAAUCACUGUGUAUACUUCCAUAUAUGUAUUUUUAUAUUUGCCUUCAUUCAUUACAAGCUGAAUAUGUUCCUUUUGUGGUUAAUUCAACUAAAUCAUGAUAUUCAUUAA